GGAGCCCGCGCCCGCGCCCGCCUCGCCGCUCCCCGCCUCGCCGCCCGGAGAUGCUCUGACCCCGAGGACCAUGGGCGGCGCUUCCCAACUUGAGGACCGGCCGCGCGACAAGCCGCAGCGGCCGAGCUGCGGCUACAUCCUGUGCACGGUGCUGCUGUCCCUGGCUGUCCUGCUGGCCGUGGCCAUCACCAGUGCCAUGCUCUUCCUGAACCACGUCCACAUGGCGGGCACGGCGCCCCCACCCAUUGUGAGCACGGGGCCGGCGGGGCCCAACAGCGCGCUGGUCACCGUGGAGAGGGCCGACAGCUCACACCUCAGCAUCGUCAUCGACCCGCGCUGCCCCGACCUUGCCGACGGCUUCUCCCGCCUGGAGGGAGCCCAGGCCUCCGUGCUGCGGGCGCUGGCUGAGCACCGUGGCCAGCCGGUGCCGGAUGGAGCCCCAGAGAGGGAGCUGCUGGACACCAUGGCCGACCAGCUGGCCCGGCUGCUGGCCCGGGCCUCGGAGCUACAGGCCGAGUGCACCGGGCUGCGCAAGGGCCACGGCGUGCUGGGGCAGGGGCUCAGCGCGCUGCAGAGUGACCAGGGCCGCCUCAUCCAGCUUCUCUCCGAGAGCCAGGGCCACUUGGUGCACCUGGUGAACGCGGUUGGUGACAUCCUGGACGCCCUGCAGAGGGACCGGGGACUGGGCCGGCCACGCCUCAAGGCCGACCUCCAGCGGGUGCCAUCCAGGGGUGCCCGGCCGCGGGGCUGUGCCAAUGGCUCCCCGCCCCGAGACUGCCUGGACGUGCUCCUGAGCGGACAGCAGGACGAUGGCGUUUACUCCGUCUUCCCCACCCACUACCCCGCCGGCUUCCAGGUCUACUGUGACAUGCGCACUGACGGCGGCGGCUGGACGGUGUUCCAGCGCCGUGAGGACGGCUCCGUGAACUUCUUCCGGGGCUGGGACGCGUACCGGGAGGGCUUCGGAAAGCUCACGGGGGAACACUGGCUAGGGCUCAAGAGGAUCCAUGCGCUGACCACGCAGGCCGCCUACGAGCUGCACGUGGACCUGGAGGACUUCGACAACGGCACGGCGUUCGCCCGCUACAGGAGCUUCGGCGUGGGCUUGUUCUCCGUGGACCCCGAGGAGGACGGGUACCCGCUCACCGUGGCUGAGUACUCGGGCACCGCAGGCGACUCCCUCCUGAAGCACAGCGGCAUGAGGUUCACCACCAAGGACCGCGACAGCGACCACUCGGACAACAACUGCGCCGCCUUCUACCGCGGCGCCUGGUGGUACCGCAACUGCCACACGUCCAACCUCAACGGGCAGUACCUGCGCGGGGCGCACGCGUCCUACGCCGACGGCGUGGAGUGGUCCUCCUGGACCGGCUGGCAGUACUCGCUCAAGUUUGCCGAGAUGAAGAUCCGGCCGGUCCGAGAGGGCCUCUAGGCCGCCGCCCGCCCUGUCCCCACGCGUUGCCAGUCCCCGCCCGUGCGCGUGCGCGGCUGAGGCUCCCACUGCACGGCGAGCCCUCCCCGCCCACCCCACCCUCAGCCCGCGUGCCCGACACGGUGCCUCGUCUUGGCCAGCGCCGCCUGGCCCCGCUGCUCUGCCUCCCAAUCACCCGGCCUCAGCCCUGCUUCUCCCGCCUCUGGGGCCGGCGCAGAGGCCCCACUGUGAGAGCCUUUCGCUUUCCUGGGCUGAGGCGGAGCCACUUCCCCCUCCCCCUCCCCCUCCC